AUUCGUCGUCUCUUGCCGCCCCCAAGCGCAGCCGCAACUCCGCCGAGUUCGCCGCCUCCGCCUCCGCCUCCCGACGGCGGCAAGGCAACCGCUCGCGCCGCCGCCGCCUCGGCCCAACCAGCGCCUCCGUUCGCGCGUGUCCGGCCCUGCCGCGACGGCGGUGAGACUGCCAUGGCCUCCUCCAAGCUCUACUCCGAUGACGUCAGCCUCGCCGUCGUCGUCGUCGACACCAACCCCUUGUUCUGGGCCACCGCCGCCCUCCCCUUCGCCGACUUCUUCGCCCAUCUGAUCCACUACGUGAACUCGCUCUUGCUUCUGAACCACCUCAACCAUGUGGUCGUCAUCGCCGCGGGGCUUAGCUCUUGCACCUACAUCUUCGACUCGAGCGAUGCUAGUGCCUCUGGUGCUGCAGACGUCGCGGCCACCUUCGCAAAGGCGAGCCGCAAGAUGGAUGAGUUCAUUGCAGAAGACGCCCGUGCCACUAGCAGCAAUGGUUCCGUUGCUGAUGGCAAUGCAGCCUCUCUUCUCUCAGGCGCACUGUCCCUUGCUCUGUGCUAUAUACAGAGGGUUUUUCGGUCUGGUACUCGACAUCCACAACCUCGGAUUUUAUGCCUGCAGGGUUCUCCAGAUGGACCUGAACAAUAUGUAGCGGUCAUGAACUCAAUAUUUUCUGCUCAACGUUCCAUGGUCCCAAUCGAUUCAUGCAUAGUAGGAACCCAAGACUCUGCUUUCUUGCAACAGGCUUCAUAUAUAACAGGUGGAGUUUAUUUGAAACCCCAAGAACUAAAUGGUCUAUUUCAAUACCUUGCUGCUGUAUUUGCAACUGAUUUACACUCAAGAACCUUUCUGCGCCUCCCCAAGACUCUGGGAGUGGAUUUCCGUGCUUCAUGUUUCUGCCAUAAGAAGACUAUUGACAUGGGAUAUGUUUGUUCAGUUUGUUUAUCGAUAUUCUGCAAGUAUCAUAAGAAGUGUUCGACCUGUGGGUCAGAAUUCAACCGUGUCAUGCCCGACUUAAAUUCUGUACCUGAUCAAAGGCAGUAGUCUACACUACAGAUGGCGAAAUAUCAGACUGCAGACUUCUCUUUAUGUUCUCCACAGGAACAUCUAUCCUAGCAUUUUAGCCUCAAUGACAUGCACAUUUAUUUCUUAGAUACGAUACAUGAUGCUGGAUCAGCCUGUCCCUGAUUUUGACAGGUUCAACUGAUACAGAAUGGGCAUUGUGUGCAUACUUGAAGCAGCGUCAGUUUAGCAAAAACUAGGCAACUGGGCGUAGCAAUUUUGUCAACUGAUGAGGGAACUCACGCCCGACUUUUGGAAUUAGUUUGCCUGCAAUUUGUAAAGUUGGCACAUGAACUUGUGAUGCACCAUUUGCAAAUGCUCUUUUUUGCUUACCGAAAACAGGACAACAGGUCAAGCUAGUAGAUGGCAAAUCAUUUUUCUUGUCAUGGUGACACAGGUUGCGCUAAUGUCUUGAUAUAUUACUUCGAGCUCCAAGAACAAUUUUGAUUUUUAGUUUCCUAUAA